GUUACGUAGCGGGAGUGCCUAUAGUUGAUUUAAAAGAUUAUUGAGAAUGAAAUGGAAGAUUUUUUCUUACAUGGAAUAUAUACAUAAACUGUUAGAGAGUGCUAGGUAAGCCCGAGAUGCAGUCCCAAAAAGAAAAUUCAUUUUUACAUGGAACACAUACAACAGACCUGUAUAAGAGAUAAAAAGAAUUAUUCAUAACAGAGAACAUGUAUACACACAAAAGGUAUCAUCAACAGCCAGCCUAACUGACCUAUCAUAAUAGUGACCGUCGCAUCAUUAAAUUACGCUGCCCUGGACAGCAUGCUAUUCCACUACCACGAUCAACUGAAACUCUGUGUAACGACUGAAAUUGAGUGUGUGUGGGGGGGUCACGACAUCUGGAUCCCCUCCCCCAGACCCUGUCCCUGGUUGAAUAGUAUGCUGGUGGGAUGGCAACAACAGCUGUUUCACUUGGCACAACGCGCAAGAUCGAAAUGUUACGCAUCUGCUUACCUUUUCCCCCUCAUUGAUGCGAACAUCUAUGUAGAAUAUUAUAUCUAGUUCAUUAACACGUCGUGACAAAGGCAGCUUCAACUGCAACAAUGAUUAAACUCACUUUGAGAAAUUAGUUUAACACUAGCAUAAAUACCACAUUUUAAUUUUUUUUCCUUUUUAUGUUGUCUGAUUUAUUUUCUACUUUAUCACUUUGUGACUUCUCCCAACAUCUCAAUACAUCACUGUUAUGAACACAUUGCACAUCAAAUAUAGAAAAUACAAGGUGUAAUUAUGUGAUGGCUAACAUUUGCUCGAAAACGAAGCCUUCAAUGGUGUUUUGAAAUGCGGACGCGUCCAUACCCUUCUUUUGUCCCAAAGAUGCUUCGUCAUUCUCGUUCUCACAUUUUUCUUUUACGAAAUCUAUGGUUGUCGCAUCGAAAAAUAGCACAGCUCGUCAUCUUUCAACACCGCUAGCACGAAAAGUGACCAUCAGUGGGAGGAGCUUACGAGAAUGUCACGUCACUGCCACGUCACAAUGUGACGUAGGUGAAAGCUCCCUAUAGCAUAGCUCUUGAUUUCCACGUCUUUUACGGUCAACAUGCUGGUGCUUGACAGGUUGCCUUUACAACCCCUGAUACCCUACCAAACUGUAAGCCAAUACGGGUUCAAGUAUACACUUGUGCCAUACAACCCAGACGAAGGCGCAGGAGCUACCGACAAGGCCACACAGACAGCUGUUCCAACUUUCACUCUUGGAACACAGACUCACCUGCACCGUCCUAGAGUGUCUACACAGGCUUCACAGGCUUCUGUAAAUCCUGCCAGUAAGGUGUCACUGGAUUCAGCAAGCAGCAGCAGUUGCAUGCCCGAGUGUGGCGACAGCAGCAUGGGCAGCCACUUUGAGAUGACACCACCAAACAUGUCAAGCUCACAGGUUCCUGCCUUGCCUCUCGACACCAGCCAACCGUUGCUAAGGAGCUCCACCCCGAUACCAAAGGAGCUCAACAUAACUGUUGAGUCUGAAUACCCAUGUGAUCCGCAUGACACGACAUUUCAGCUCUCCAGUGUCUCAGAAAGCACAGACUCUGACGAGUUUGAGAACGAGGAGCCGUUCAGGUUGCAGCAUACAUCCCAUACUCGUAAAACGUGUGCUGCAGAUGAGAGGCUGUUUAUCGUAGCGGAAUCUUGUUUAAGAGAGCUGCUAUCAGUGUGUCCUUCAUGCCAGCGAGAUGAUGUUGAAGCUGAUAUCACUCUCAAGGGUACCUGUGUAAGAGCAAAGAUGACUUGCGGUUGCCAAAAACAAAGGCUGUGGUACAGCCAGCCAUGGGUGGGCAAUAGGCCACUGGGGAAUGUUUUGCUGUGCUGCGGGAUACUUUUCUCUGGUACAAACAUUGCCAAAGCCCUCCGAAUGCUGAAAAUUAUGGGAGUCCCAGCACUCAGGAGGUCUCAGUUCUACAAAACGCAGCAAUGUUAUUUGUUUCCUGCAGUAAACAAUGUAUACGAGACGAAGCAGCAACAACUGCUGGAGGAGCUGCGCCCAGUGCCUUUAACACUUGCUGGUGAUGGGAGGUGUGAUUCUCAGGGUCACACAGCUCUCUAUGGCACGUAUACAUUACUGGAGACCACUGCCAAUCGCAUUGUACACUUCGAGUUAGUCAAGGUCACAGAGGUGACAAGCAGCAACGCCAUGGAGAAGCAUGGGCUACAAAGGUGUCUUGCAUUUCUCGAGGUGCAUGACAUGGUAGUAGACAUGCUUGUCACGGAUCGGCACACAGGCAUCAAAGCCAUGAUGAGAGACUUGUGCCCCCACAUUAAGCAUCAAUUUGAUGUGUGGCAUGUUGUCGAAGGUGAAAUCACAGUGAAAAUGAAGCUUACAGAAAAACUUUACAUGUGUGCUUAUAACAGGUAUCAAGAAGAAACUUCUUGCUCUCGGUCGCGCAGCAAAGCAUCAGGUGGUGCAGCUGUGGAUCGAGAGUAUAGUUUGGCAUGCCUACUGGUGCCAACCGACACCCUGUUGACACCCUGUAUGGAUAAGAAGUAAACAAAUUUCAGAAGUGAUAUUGAAGCUCGAGGGAGGGGCCCUAACCCCUCCUUGCCCCCCUCUGGGUACAACCAUGGAAAGCAACCUAUAUUGACACUAGACUACAAAGGUUCCUAACACUGUAAGCCGUGAAAAUUUCCUACCUGAUUGCUUCAGACAAGUUGCUCCUAUAUUCAUUUGACAAACUACGCCCUUUUGCAUAGGUGAUACCUGCAAGAAACAAUGCAUGUGUAGUAGAUAAAUGCAAAAAAAGUGUGUGAGAGAAAGAUUUGGAAAUUUGCUAUGUUCAUCAGUAGAAUCAGUAGCGCCAAUCUUAUGGCAUUGCGUGUUUGCGUAAAGCUGUCUACUGGUCAUACUGGUAUUCUGUUGAAGCUUUCCCUAUUUGUGGGAAUUUCCACCAUGUUCUCCUAGAAAUAUUGAUGCAAAGUAAUGAAGAUAAGGGCUUGUUCUAUGCAGACGCACGGUCUUUGCUACAGACAUGUGGGAUGGCCCUGAAAAGGGCCUUUUUUUCCUUAGACGAGGGGUAAGUGAAGAUCUCGACGUAGAUCAGCUUAUGUGGAUCUUCGUGUCUGUCAUCUCCUCCUGGCACAAUGAUGAUGAAUGGAAUGCCUCUGCCCACCAGGUUGACAACCUUCCAAUGCUUCCUGGGGUGGAUGCCGAGAACAGCAUCUUUCAGAAGUCCAUCCAAGACUAUGUUCUUCCUGCAGUGGUGUCGGCAACAAUUUUUUAUCCCUGUAAGCAUUCGGUACCAAUUAAAUGGUGACAGGCGCAUGUGAUGCAUAGGAUGAAGAGCCAAAAUGCUGAAAUGUUAUCUAAGGACCGGGGAACAUAACAUUCUUGAAUGCAAAUAAAUAAAAAGUUGUGUAACAAAAACAAUACAUUACUUUUCACGGGAAGUAGCCUGUGUAUGUGGCAGAUGGGGACAGGUUCCGAAUAGUGCGCACAACACAGCCUGGAAUCUGACGCCUGUUCCUUGGGCCAAGGUACCCCUAUAUCCAAUUGGUGAAACGUGCAUAUGCUGCAUAUCUGAUGCACCUGUCAAAAUUAAUUGAAAUGCAAGUCAAUCCUACGUUUUUUUUUAUAUGUGUGUCAGAACAAAAUGUCG